AUGAAUUCUAAGAUUGAAAGCGACUCAAUUAUUGAUCCUGCAGCAAUCUUCGCUAUGCUUUUUGGUAGUGAGCUUUUUGAGGAAUAUAUUGGCCAGCUAGCCAUGGCAUCAAUGGGCUUCACUAGAUAUUUUCUCAGAAGGGGAGCGGUUCGAUCCCAAAAAGCUGCAAGAGAAAAUGCGGAUUCAAUAGAGAAACAUAGAGAACUUGGAGCACAUCGCGAGCUUACAGGUGUUGAUGCGUUGAAUACAAUUGGCUACAUAUAUGCCAGAAAGUCAGCAAAAGAGCUACAGUGUUAUAUCGCGAGAUCGGAAACUUUUACCAAAUUGGAACUUCAUCCAAACUACAGUGCCAAAAUCAUACUUUAUAAAUAA